GCGCGACCCGAGGCAGCCGGUCUCACCAGCAUCCUCAGCUCGAAGCUCAACCGCGCCACCAUCGCCGAUGUGAUCACCUUGAACAAGAUGGUUGGCCACCUCAGGCAAGAUGUGCUUCACAUUGGGGUGAGCGACGCGGGCGGUGUUGAUGGGACCACGGCUGGAUUGGGGGCCGAUGGCAUGAUCGAGGACCCGGUGCAGGGGUCGUGGAUUGUGCUGGCCAGUGACAAGCUGCCGGCACACGACGAGCACCUUCGAGUGUCGGUGCUCUCCUGGCGGUCUACCAAGUUGAAGCGGAGAGUCACGAGCACCCUGGCAUCAGAGUACGUUGGCCUUCUCUCAGACUCA